AUGGAUACAAUAUGGCCAGUCAUUUCACAUGUCUUACUUAUUCCCUUCAUGGUAGUAAUUAUCUAUGGAUGUGAUGACGUAAACAAUUUUGCAUGUAGUCGUCUGCUGGCAGCCAAACCUGACAUGUGUAAUGACACGUGUUAUGCCUCUGCCUGUAAACGUACAUGUGGAAUGUGUGCCUUAAAGUGUUACUCAUGCACAGACAUUGAUUCUGCUGAGAGAUGUAAUUCAACAAUAGAGUGUCCAGGAACUGAUUACCAAUGCAUUACUGGGGUGUCCUUUACCAAUGAUUUUCGACAGGUCUUCAAAUUAGGAUGUGCUCCACUAUCUGUCUGUUCUCAUUAUGGUAAACGUUCAGUAAGUAAGAGAGCUGACGCUUCCUGUUGUUCGUCAGAUCUGUGUAAUCACAAUGGACACAUAAAAAGAUCCCCAGAUCCAUCAGUUCUCAUAAAAGAUUCACGUAGAGAGACAGCGCCCUCUAUGUGUGACGACACAGAUGAGUUGGCUUGUACUUUACUGUUCACAACUAAUCCUCACCUCUGCACAGACGACUGCUUUGCAGACGGAAUAUGUCCUAGACUUUGUGGAAGGUGUUCAGAGUGUUACACCUGUGAUCAUGUCAAUGAGACUGAGCGAUGUAAUCAGACCCGUGUUUGUGACAAAGGAGAGGUUUGCUAUACAGUAGAAACUCUUGAUUUCAAACUUCAACAUGGAUACAGAAUGGGCUGUCUACAUCACAAGAUAUGCGACUCUCUCGAAACACAAGCAGGUUCUGUAUUUGGUCGACGGUCUGAGAACAUCGAACUGUCAUUGACGGGCGGUUGUUGUCAUGGUGAUCUUUGCAAUCAUCAUAAGCUAGUUCCCGUCUCCGCAUCAACCACUGCAACAACAACAACAACAAAGGCUCCAUGUCGAAACUUGGAUCCUAGGUGUAACGACUUUAGUUUUGUAUCCUCUGUCUGCUUAGAUAAAAGCACAGCAAGAUUAUGUCCCCAUGUUUGUGGACUUUGCUGA